AUUUGACCUCCUUGACCUGUUUAGAGACAGAGAAUACAUUGAGGGAAAAAAAAAGCACUAUACAUCCUAGCAACACUGGGAGAGUGUGGUAAAGCCAAUAGAAGGACAUAGUAGUGUUAACAAGCUGAGCUCCAAUCUGCUCCUUGGCUUCCUUUGGAGAUUUUUCUACUGCUACACACCAUCCAUGGCUAUUGAAACUCUAGUCCUCGGUGCUGGGCAAGAGGUAGGGAAGAGCUGCGUGGUGGUUAACAUAAAUGGGAAGCGGAUCAUGUUCGAUUGCGGAAUGCACAUGGGUGUCUCGGACCACCGCCGUUACCCCAACUUCAGUCUCAUCUCUCCCACCGGCGAUUUUGACACCGCCCUCUCUUGCAUCAUCAUCACCCAUUUUCACCUGGACCACCUUGGUGCAUUGGUUUAUUUCACUGAAGUUUGUGGGUUUCACGGACCAAUUUACAUGACGUACCCAACAAAAGCUUUGGCUCCUUUGAUGUUGGAAGAUUAUCGGAAAGUAAUGGUUGAACGCCGUGGCGAGGAAGAGCAGUUUAAUUCUGAUCAUAUUGCUGAGUGCAUGAAGAAAGUUAUUGCUGUGGAUCUGAGGCAGACUAUACAAGUAGACAAAGAUCUUCAAAUUCGUGCCUAUUAUGCUGGCCAUGUUCUUGGAGCUGCAAUGUUCCAUGCAAAGGUGGGAGACUCGGAAAUGGUAUAUACAGGAGACUACAAUAUGACACCAGAUAGACACCUUGGAGCAGCCCAAAUUGAUCGAUUGCGACUUGACCUUCUCAUUACUGAAUCCACAUAUGGAACUACAAUUCGUGAUUCAAAAUAUGCUCGUGAGAGGGAAUUCCUGGAUGCUGUUCAUAAAUGUGUUUCUGCGGGAGGAAAGGUGCUUAUUCCAACAUUUGGUCUUGGAAGGGCUCAGGAACUAUGCAUUUUGAUGGAUGACUACUGGGAGCGCAUGAAUUUGAAGGUUCCUAUAUACUUCUCAGCAGGUUUAACAAAGCAAGCUAACGUGUACUAUAAGAUGCUUAUCAAUUGGACAAGCCAGAAGAUUAAAGAUUCAUACCCUACAAAUAAUGCUUUUGAUUUUAAGAAUGUUUGCAAGUAUGAAAGGUCUGUACUUGAUACUCCUGGUCCGUGUGUUCUUUUUGCAUCUCCUGGGAUGAUAAGCGGUGGGCUUUCGCUCGAAGUUUUCAAACGUUGGGCACCAUUUGAAAAUACCCUUGUUGCUUUACCUGGGUAUUGUUUGCCUGGAACAGUAGGACAUGUAUUAAUGUCUAAGCCCCCAAAAAUUGAAUUGGACCCCAACACAAAAAUUGAUGUGCGUUGCCAGGUUCAUCAGUUGGCUUUCAGUCCUCACACGGAUUCUAAAGGGAUAAUGGAUCUAAUAAAAUUUCUCUCCCCUAAGCAUGUUAUACUAGUGCAUGGUGAGAAGCCUAAGAUGGUUUCUCUUAAAGAAAAAAUUCAUUCUGAAAUGGGGAUUCCAUGUUAUCAUCCUGCAAAUAAUGAAACUGUAUCCGUUCCUUCAACUGUCUAUGUAAAAGCUCAAGCAAGUGAUGCUUUCAUGGAAAGAUGCUUAAAGCCAAACUUCAAGUUACAUAAAUGCAGUUCACAGGAGCCAUCUAUCAAAACCUUGACAGACAAAAACGUAGUGCCUGAGCUUCAAGUGAUAAAUGAAAAAGCUGUAUUUAUAGUUGAGGAUAAAAGCAAAAAGCUGAAAGUUGUGCACAAUGAUGAGGUUUUGGUCAUGCUGGGGGAAAAGAAGACGGAGGAUUAGCAUGCAAAUUAUCUUGUGGUGUGUGGUGUGUGUGUUUAUUAGAAUAUCUAUGGCGGGUGGUUGGUGGCACUAGCUAGUUUUACAUCUUAGGUUGUGUUUAUUAGUUUAGAUGGAUUUUGGAGGGGAGGAAAAAGCUUUGGAGGAUUAAAUCGCUUACGAGUUUUAUCCUUCUCUCUUGUUCUCGCAUAAUCACAAGCUAAUUAAUUGCGCUUAAUUUUUGUUUAUUUUUAUGUGGGUUACAUGGAAGUGAAUCAAAACUCUGUAGGAUUUCGAAAGAUCUAUCAGAUCAAAACCAAAGCAGUAUAUUUGUGC